UUCAAAUCGGCAGCGGGGCGGACGGUUGUGUGCGGCUUCACGGAGGGUGCUGCUGGCGCUGGACCGGGAGAGUCGCCAUGGACCGCCGCGGAUGCUGACAGACCCAUGGAGACCCGAGGGGUGCCUCCCGGGCCGUAUCGGGCCACUAAACUGUGGAAUGAAGUCACCACAUCUUUUCGAGAGGGAAUGCCUCUAAGAAAACAUAGGCAACACUUUAAAAAAUACGGAAAUUGUUUCACAGCAGGAGAAGCAGUAGACUGGCUUUAUGAACUUUUAAGAAAUAAUAGUAACUUCGGUCCUGAAGUAACAAGGCAACAGACUAUCCAACUAUUGAGAAAAUUUCUGAAGAAUCAUGUAAUUGAAGAUAUCAAAGGCAGAUGGGGAUCAGAAAAUCUUGAAGACAACAAUCAGUUAUUCAGGUUUCCAACGACUUCCCCACUUAAAACUCUUCCACGGAGGCAUCCUGAAUUGAGAAAAAACAGCAUAGAAUAUUUUCCUAGAGAUAAAGAUACUAUCUUUAAAUUACGAAACUUAUCCCGCAGGACACCUAAGAAGCAAGGAUUACAUUUUUCUCAGGAAAACACAGAAAAAGAAAAUCAUGAAAUAAUCUAUGAAGAUCAAGAAAACUCAAUUAGAGAAAUAAACCAACAAGAUGUCGAACAAGUUUGGAGAUACAUUAUUAUGAGCUAUUUACAAACUAUUUUAGGUGUGCCAUCCCUAGAAGAAGUUAUAAAUUCAAAACAAGUAAUUCCUCAAUAUGUAAUGUACAAUUUGGCCAAUACAAAUAAGCAUGGAAUAGUUAUACUACAUGACAAAUCAGAGGACCUUCCUCACUGGGUGUUAUCUGCCAUGAAGUGCCUAGCCAACUGGCCAAGAUAUAAUGAUAUGACUCAUCCAACUUAUACUGGAUUUGAACGAGAUGUAUUUAGAACAAUUGCAGAUUAUUUUCUAGAUCUUCCUGAGCCUUUACUUACAUUUGAAUAUUAUGAAUUAUUUGUAAAUAUUUUGGUUGUUUGUGGCUACGUCACAGUUUCAGAUAGACCCAGUGGGACAUAUAAAAACCAAGAUGAUCCACGGUCUUCAAAAACUCAUCACCUAAACAAUUUGAAUUCCUUCAAAUCAACUGAGUGUCUUCUUCUCAGUCUGCUUCAUAAAGACAAAAGAAAAGAAGAAUCAGAUUCUACUGAGAGACUGAAAAUAAGUGACCAAGGAGUUCAAGAAAAAUGUGCUAAGAAAACGCAUCUAGUUAAUUUAAGAAACAGAAGAGCCAGUGUUAAUGACACAGUGGGAGGAAGUUGUCAUAAUUUAAUAGGUUUAAGUAGUAUGCAUAGUCUGUCCUCUGAACUCAAACCAAGGUGUUAUUCUAUGGAUGGAAUUAUAGAUUUGCCAGGGAAUUCAAAUAAAGAGGUAUCCAGUUUCUUCUAUCAAUCUGUUCUGAACAGUGAAGGACAAAAUAAUGCACACUUUCUAGAGUCAAACCUCAAACAAGAAUCCCUAUUGAAUCUUCAAUCAGAGGAAGGUGUUCAAAAGGAAGUUUGUGUUGGUUUCAAAAGAACUUCUACUUUGACUGUUCGAGACCAAGCGGAGUUAAGUAAUGGGAAAUGCAACUCAAAACAGCUUUGUAGAUCUCAGAGUUUGCUUUUAAGAAGUAGUACAAGACGGAAUAGUUAUAUCAAUGCACCAGUAGCUGAAAUUAUUAUGAAACCAAAUCUUGGACAAAGCAUCAUAAGUACACAAACAGCUGUGAGACGUGAAUUCCAAGAGUCUAGUGUCAUAAUCAAUAAAAGACUCUGCAAAAGUACAAUAGAACUUUCAGGAAAUUCUUUACCUCCAUCUUCUAUGUUGACUGGCACACAAAGUUUGCUGCAACCUCACUCAGAGAGAGUGGCCAUCAAUGCACUACAGUUAUGUUGUUUGUUACUUCCCCCACCAAAUCGUAGAAAACUUCAACUUUUAAUGCGCAUGGUUUCUAGAAUGAGUCAAAAUGUUGACAUGCCCAAACUUCAUGAUGCAAUGGGUACAAGAGCAUUGAUGAUACAUACAUUUUCUCGAUGUGUGCUGUGUUGUGCUGAAGAAGUAGAUCUUGAUGAACUUCUUGCUGCAAGAUUAGUUUCUUUCUUAAUGGAUCAUCAGCAGGAAAUUUUUCAAGCACCAGCUUACUUACAGACGGCAGUGGAGCAACAUCUUGACUACUUAAAAAAGGGCCGUAUUAAACAUCCUGGAGAUGGGCUAGUUGCUCCUCUGCCAACUUAUUCUUAUUGUAAGCAGAUUAGUACUCAAGAAUUUAAUGAACAAAAAGUUUCUACCUCUCAAGCUGCAAUUGCAGAACUUUUAGAGAAAAUUAUUAAAGACAAGAAUUUGCCUCUAAAGGAGAAAAGGAAAAAGCUAAAACAGUUUCAGAAGGAAUAUCCUGUUAUAUUUCAGAAGAGAUUUCCAACCACAGAGAGUGAAGCAGCACUGUUUGGUGACAAACCUACAAUCAAGCAACCAAUGCUGCUUUUAAGAAAACCAAAGUUCCGUAGUCUAAGAUACUAACUGCAUUAAAACUUAUCUGAUACUUAUGAAACUUUAAUAAAUGAAGCCGUAUCUGACAAUCUAUUACAAAAGAAGUCUGUUAUAUUUUUUUAAAUGUUUUGUUUAUUCCUAACCAUAAAUAUAUGCAUUCUACAAUGAGGUGCCCAAAAUAGGGGUGGGCAGUCUGAGACUUCUGAGAAGCUACUAGAUCUCAACUAAGAGAACAUAAAACUAAAUAUUAUCAAAUAUUUUGACCAGGAAUGUUCAUCAGGAUUAAGGAACAGUUCUGUUUUUAAAGGAGAACUUGCCUGUAUACAUGCUUAUGGAUAUUAGCUAACAAAGUUACUGUGUUGGGUUUCUUCUUUGUUUCUACCUAUAAGAAUGUGAAGAAUAUCUGGAAAUUCAGUGAGUUCUCAGCUGU